UGAUGUGUAUAAAUAGGCGCCGCACAGCCCGUAUUCUAUCACACUUGUGUUUCAUCAGCCAUGGCAAGAACCAAGCAGACCGCUCGUAAGUCCACCGGAGGGAAAGCUCCCCGCAAGCAGCUGGCCACCAAGGCCGCCCGCAAGAGCGCCCCGGCCACCGGCGGAGUCAAGAAGCCUCACCGCUACAGGCCCGGCACCGUCGCUCUCCGAGAGAUCCGACGCUACCAGAAAUCCACCGAGCUGCUCAUCCGCAAGCUGCCCUUCCAGCGCCUCGUCCGAGAGAUCGCCCAGGACUUCAAGACCGACCUGCGCUUCCAGAGCUCCGCCGUCAUGGCUCUGCAGGAGGCCUCCGAGGCUUAUCUCGUAGGACUCUUCGAGGACACCAACCUCUGCGCCAUCCACGCCAAGAGGGUCACCAUCAUGCCCAAAGACAUACAGCUGGCACGCCGCAUCCGUGGAGAGAGGGCAUAAUCUACUCCGCCGACAUCCUCAUUACCCCCUCCGACACACAAAACAAAGGCUCUUCUCAGAGCCACCA